UGGCUUGCUUGGGGCGUCAAAGAAAUCACCACCCUUGGGCUUCCAAGUCUGGAUGAGAAAGUCCUGGAGGUCGAUCCUCGUUUGUUUUUCAACGUGGCAUCGCCCUCGAGCACCUUCAUUUGUGGCUCUCAGGGGUCUGGGAAAAGCCAUAUCCUCUCUUGCUUACUUGAAGGCUGCCUGAUAUCUUCGCGAGCUGGAAAGCUCAUGAACCCCCUCACGGCAAUGAUUUUUCAUUAUGACACCUUUAUUAGCGAUACUACCGGCUCGCCGUGUGAAGCGGCCUUCCUCUCCUCCAACCCCAGCAUUGAAGUUCGGGUACUCUGUUCUCCAACAAACCUCCGAACCAUAAAUGGAACCUACUCCAGAUUCAAAGGUAUCACAGUACAGUCUUUACAAAUUGACCAGUCAAAUCUAAAUACCAAGCGUAUGAUGGAUCUCAUGGCGGUAGGGAAGGAAAGCGGAGCUAUACCCCUGUACAUGCAUGCUGUGCAGCGGGUUUUACGGGACCUGCGAGAAAUCCAGCAAUCUGAAGGGUCCCAGUUCGAUUAUGCGGAAUUCAAACGGCGAAUCCUUAGCUCUGGUCUUCUUCCAGGUCAGCUUGAGCCACUGAAGCAGCGACUUGAUGCUCUUGAGAGUUUUUUAUGCCAUUUGAACAGGUAA